AUGUGGCUCCUCUCUGUAUUGUGCACCACGUUCACAUAUUGCGCAGCUGCUAGGGUCCCCGUGGUGCAAAUAAGUUCGGGACUCGUUUCUGGACAGCGUUUGCUCGUGAACAACAAGUUCGUCGAUGCUUUCUACGGCAUUCCAUACGCUGAACCACCCGUCGGAGAACUCCGUUUCCAGAGGCCUCGACCCGCGAAAGCAUGGGAAGGAGUGUUCAACGCUACGACAAAGCCGACUCCUUGUCGCCAGCUAGACCUGAGGUUUCUAAAAAAUGUGACGUUACACAACGACAAGUCCUCGGAAGAUUGCCUUUACCUCAACGUAUGGAGACCUGCCCUUCAGGAGUGCCAGCGCCGACGCUGCCGCGCCAGGCUACCCGUAAUUGUGUUCGUCUACGGAGGCGGCUUCCAGUGGGGAGACUCCAGUCUUUUCGUGUACGACAUGGAAAGAUUCGUCUCCAAGUCGGAUGUGGUUUUCGUCACGUUCAACUACCGCCUUGGCAUCUUCGGUUUUCUGACGACUAACACCGAGGACGCUCCCGCGAACAACGGCUUGUGGGACCAGAACCUCGUCUUGAAGUGGGUGAAGAGAAACAUCGCAAACUUUGGCGGCGACCGUAACGACGUAACCUUCGCCGGACAAAGCGCUGGGGGAAUUUCGGUCGGCUUCCAUGCCAUCUCACCCCACAGCCGCGGGCUCUUCAAAAAGGUGAUCAUGCAUAGCGGAACCCCUUUCAGCUCCAUUCUUUGGCGAACCCAGAGCUCCGUCGCCAAAAUGCGUAACAUGGCAGGAGCAUUAGGUUGCUACAACGCUACGAGGUUCGCAAAUGAACAGGCAGCCGACAUAGUCGCUUGCCUGAAGAAACUAGACGCCAACGUAAUUAUGGACGCCGUGAAGAAGCAGGACCCUGCUAACCAGGCGUUCGUCCCCGUUUUUGGGGACUCCUUCAUGCCCGAUGACCCUGAAGUGGCGGCUACAUGGGCUGGACUGAACGUACAAAGUGUUCUGCUAGGGACAACUCAAGACGAGGGUACAUUAUUUGUAGACAACAUUCGUUACCUAAGCCCGCAAAUUGACCUCGUCCUCAAACAAGACUACAGGCUCGCAGUCAUGGCAUUCAUGGCGACGGUGUACGGUAUACCCAUUAAGGACGCUAGAGGAAUGGUGGCCAAGUAUUACGGAGAUUAUGACGUCGAGCAUGACGACGACUCCGUGUUCGCUAUCUUCUCGCAAGUCAUCGGUGACUCUCUCUUCGAAUGUCCGACUCAUUUUUUCGCCAACUUGACAGCCAGGGGAGGUAUUCCGACGUACAAAUACAUCUUCGCUCAUCGACCAUCGUUUAGCCUCUGGCCAAAAAGCUUUGGUGUCGCACACUCUGACGACAUAUAUUUCUUCUAUGGAAGUGGUUCUCAAAUCUCCGACAAGAGCAAAUACACAGAUGCCUUCGAUUCACAAGCGAGAAAGCUGCUUUCGACUGUCGCUCCUACUAAAGAAGAGCAAAGUUUCUCGGAUGAGCUGAUGGAGCUCUUGUACAAGUUCACGAAAUAUGGGUGA